AUGCUCUCACCCGGCCUUUUGGUUGCAGCAUCAGAUGUGCUUGAAGACGUUUCAGCUUUUGAAAAGAACGAUCCGACAUCAGACAUGAUCCUCUUCGCCACCGAGUCAAAUCUUAAGGUAGCAUCGGGUCACGGUGUGUUCGUGAUGGAGAACGGUUGCCUGAAAUCGGUAAUGCAGAAACCGUCUUUGGAGGACAUGAGAGCUGCUGGAGCGAUUUUACCCUCAGGAAACGCCCUCACAGAUUGCUUCUUCUGGAUUUCAUGGCGAGUGUGCGAAGAACUGAUGUUGUUGUCAAGAAGUCGUGGUCCCUGCUUGGUAGAAACUUGCUGCUAUGGUGAUUUUAUGCGUCCGCUCGGCUCAGAACCUCUUCUGGACUAUUUGACGAAA